CAGCCCUGUGAAAGGAUGCUCAUAAUGUCUGCAAAUAAAAAUGAUAAAGCAAUAUAGAGGAAAACAGGCGGGUGUCCCUUUUUCGGAUGUCGUUUGGACAGACAACUGCUUCGCUUCAACAGAAUAAAUGGAAUAAGACACAGAUGGUCACAAUCAUUUUUUUUCAUUAGCCACUGAAAGCCACGGACCGGCUGUCCUUUCCCUUGACAGAGCAAAGCUCCCAUCCUAGUGCAAAAGGGACAAGCAAGUGCAAGCCUUUAGAGGAGAUAAGGCUGCCAGUUUGUUAAUGUCCGCCUGGGUGUGCGUUGAGUGUGGAAAUUGGUCUUGUCUCCACCUGCGCUGCCGCUCGUAGUCUGUCAGGAUGUACGGCAGCUCGCGCUCGGUGAGCAAAAUGGAUGGCAACCACAACGGGGGCCGGAGUAGCCAGGGCAACACAGGCCGAUCGCCAAGGCUUCCCCGCUCUCCCCGCAUGGGUCACCGACGCACCAACAGUAUGGGGGGCAGCGGAGGUGGGCCUGGAGGCUCUGGGGGCAAGACCCUCUCCAUGGAGAACAUCCAAUCCCUCAAUGCAGCCUAUGCCACAUCUGGCCCCAUGUACAUGAGUGACAACGAGGUCGCGCUCGCUGCCUCUUCUGACAUCGGUAAGGGUGGGGCCAUGACAGGACGCUUUGGUGGCAGCAUUCCCUAUGGCGUGCGGGGCACAGUGACGGGCAGCACGCCUGACAUGGCCAUGGUGCCGGCAGUCUCUACCGAUUCGGUGAGCUUUGGCAGUGAGCUGCAUGCAGCCUCCACCGUGCCACACUCGCUGCGGCAGGCCAGGGACAACACCAUCAUGGAGCUGCAGGCGCAGCUGAAGGAGGUGCUGCGGGAAAACGAGCUCCUGCAGAAGGAGGUGGAGGUGAAGGAGAGCAAGUUGAGCUCCUCCAUGAGCUCCAUCAGGACCUUUUGGAGCCCCGAGCUAAAGAAGGAGAGGGCUCUGCGCAAGGAUGAAGCCUCCAAGACGGCCGUGUGGAAAGAGCAGUACCGUGCCAUUCAAGAUGAAACUCAGCACCUGCAGACCACGGUGCAAGCCCUGCAGGCUGAGCUGCGCAUCCAGCGUGACCUGAACCAGCUGCUGCAGCCACCGGGCGAGCCGCUGGCGUGCGAGCCCGGGGACGAGCACGAGAGGCAGGCACGUGAGCUCUUCCUGCUCCGCCGCACCCUAGAGGAGAUGGAGCUGCGGCUGGAGACACAGCGCCAGACACUGGGUGCCCGUGAUGACUCCAUCAAAAAGCUCCUGGAGAUGCUGCACAGCAAAGGUCCGCCAAGCAAAGCCAGCGAGGAAGACCACGAGCUUACGUGCCGCCUGGCCGACGCCGAGAUGCACGCCCACCAUCUGGAGAACCUGCUGGAGCAGCGUGACAAGGAGAUGGUGGCUUUGAGAGAAGAGCUGCACCGCCGCCUCGAAGGUACACCAGAGACGGCAAAGACCAAAGCCCUACAAACUGUCAUCGAGAUGAAGGACUCCCAGAUCAGUUCUUUGGAGCGUGGACUGAGGGAGCUGGAGGAUCAGGUCAUGAUGCUGCGCUCCAGUAACAUGCUCAGCUGUGAGGAACGACAGGAGGAGGUCAAGCAAAUGGAGGUCUACCGCAACCACACCAAGUUCAUGAAGAACAAGAUGGACCAGGUGAAGCAGGACCUCUCCAGGAAGGACACACAGCUCCUCGGUCUGCAGACCAAAUUGGAGACUCUGACCAACCAGUUCUCAGAUAGCAAACAGCACAUCGAGGUGCUCAAAGAGUCACUUACUGCCAAAGAACAGCGUGCUGCCAUCUUGCAGACAGAGGUGGAUGCGCUGAGGUUGCGGCUUGAGGAGAAGGAGACGCUGCUGAAUAAGAAGAGCAAGCAGAUCCAGGACAUGUCAGAGGAGAAGAGCACGCUUAAUGGCGAGAUCCAUGACCUCAAGGACAUGCUAGAGGUCAAAGAGCGCAAAAUCAACGUGCUACAGAAAAAGAUCGAAAACCUCCAGGAACAACUGAGGGACAAAGAAAAGCAGAUGAGCAGCUUGAGAGAACGAGUGAAGUCUCUGCAGACUGACACCUCCAACACAGAUACAGUUCUCACCACCCUGGAGGACUCACUGGCUGAGAAGGAGCGCAUCAUUGAGCGUCUGAAAGAGCAGCGGGACCGGGAGGAGAGGGAGAAGUCUGAGGAACUGGAUAACAGUAAGAAGGAGCUGAAGGAGCUGAAAGAGAAAGUCAGCUUGCUGCAGGGAGACCUGUCAGAUCGAGAGACUUCUUUGUUGGACCUUAAAGAGCACGCAUCAUCUUUAGCAUCAUCUGGUCUAAAGAAAGACUCCAAACUGAAAACUCUGGAGAUUGCCCUCGAACAAAGGAGAGAAGAGUGCUCUAAGCUGGAGAACCAGCUGAAGAGGGCACAAAAUGCGGCUGUUGAAGCACAGACCAACUCGGAGUUGUCUGAGCGAAUCGCCUCGCUCGAAGCCGAUGUGACCCGGCACAGAGAGGAGUCUGGGAAGGCCCAGGCUGAAGUCGACCGACUGCUGGAGAUCCUGCGGCAGAUGGAGAAUGAAAAGAAUGACAAGGACAGGAAAAUAAAUGAGCUAGAGAGUGUGGCUUCCAGGCAAAUGAGGGAACAGGGCAGGAAGCCCGCUGGCAAACACAGAGAAACAGCCAGCAGGGGCCGAAACACCAUCGAUGGCACGCAACAGGAGUGUAUGCGGCAGAAGGCGGAGCGCAUCGAAGAGCUGGAGGAGGCGCUGAGGGAGAGUGUGCAGGUGACAGCAGAGCGGGAGGUGGUGCUGGCACAGGAAGAGGCCACACGCACCUACCAGGAGAAACAGAUGGAGGACCUGCUUGGAGCAAUGGAGAAAGUGAAGCAGGAGCUUGAGUCAAUGAAGGCCAAAAUGUCAUCUACACAGCAGUCUCUAGCAGAGAAGGAAGCCCAUCUGACCACACUGAGAGCGGAGAGGAGGAGACACCUGGAGGAGGUCCUGGAGAUGAAACAGGAGGCUCUGCUGGCCGCCAUCAGUGAGAAGGAUGCUAAUAUCGCCUUGCUGGAGCUGUCCUCUUCCAAAAAGAAGAAGACACAGGAGGAAGUGGCCCAGCUGCGCAGGGAGAAGGACCGUCUGGUGCAGCAGCUCAAGCAGCAGACACAGAAUCGGAUGAAACUCAUGGCAAAUAAUUAUGACGAUGGCCACCUGAAAACAACACCUGACCAGACCAACCACAAGCCCCCGAAGUCACCUGACCAGGAUGAUGAGGAGGGCAUUUGGGCAUAGCCGCUCUGGCAGCCAUGUUGUUUUAGAAGGAUGAAACUUGGGCGAAGAGCUACAGGGCACAGGAGCUUCACAUCAGCCGACUGACCACAGCGUACAACCAUGGAGGAGGCCUCCUCACCUCUCACUUCUUUUCUGUAGAACCAGCACUGCUCACAUCUCACCACAUCGAAGCCCAAGGACCCUCAGACGGUGCUUAUAAACCGGCGAUUAUUGGUAACGCCCCACUUUGCCUUGCAAAAGCAAUUUUCUUCACAACAAAUAAAUGAAAGAAAAUACAUUUUCUUUGCUAUCACCUAGUUAGUAGAAUGAUAUAAAGCAUCACUUCAGAUCUGGUUUGCUUAAGAUGUUACAUUAUGCUGAUGUAAAUGUAAAAUCCAUCUUAUAUUAAAAAUCUGGUUCACUGACCUAUUUUAAUAUAUUGUAUACAUUUUAUUAUCAAUUUACAAAAUAGCAUUUUUAGAUAAUGAAUUGUGGUUGACGCUGACUCUUCUCUUUGAUUCUUGACGUUGUUUAGUCAGAGCCUGGGUUGGUGAGAGUCAGACUGACACUGUGGACUGUGUGCUGGACUUUGCUUAAGACCUGCAGCAACUGGGUCUGUCCUCCAGGAGCCAGCAGCCAUGCUCUGACCCUCCUGUCUCCAGCAGUCCUCACUGUCUCUCUGCUCGCUUCUCUACUCGCUCCACUUCUCUUAAAAUUUAAGCCUAAAAUUGUCACCUAAAAUCUGGCCUUUAAAAUCAGGUGUUUUGGUGAAUUAAUUGAAAUAACAAAAAAACCUGUAUAUCAAUUGAUAUAAACCUACUCAAUUCAUAUGAUACUACCUGUACAUGUCAGCAGGCCUACUAUAAAUAAAAGAGCUGUUGUGAAAGGACCUCAAAACCAACUUGUGGAUAAAUAACACUUCUAUAAAAAAAGACCAUGUGAAAAAGAAAACGGUGAAAACGUUUAAAUAGGUUUAGAAAAAGCAGAUCAAAGAUGACAUUGUGUCCAUUUUAUUAAAGACCGAAAAAAGACCAGAGGAAAAAGAGCCUCAUUUGGCUUUGAUACUGGUGCAGAUGUCAAACUCAGCAGUGUAUGUUGAAUUGUGAAUGCACUUUUAAUUUUAUACUUUUGAUUACUGUGUUAUAUCAUCACGGUUGAUUACAGACUAAGAACGUCUGACAACCUGAUGGGUGGUGCUAUGUAAAAAUUUCUAUGUAAACUGAAUGCCAAAUUGUUGUAAGUUAUACGCUAAUUUGACAGCUGCACCUAGUAUCAGACUGGCAAGACACCUAUGUUGACUGGUUGUUCACUACCUUUGAUGGUACUUUGACAUAUCUUUAAGUAUUAUAUGAGUGUUGAAAGAGAUAUAGGUCUCCUCACCACUUGCGACAUUCUGUCAGUGGUGCAAAUCAGGUACCGUACACGUCACUUAAUUUCCAGCUGCUAAAAUUGAUAGACAUAUAAUGUGUGUGAAACUAUUUUGUAGUGCUCAUGGCGGAGUCAUCCAACCCUCGUGAGGUGGCUGUGGGGUCUCAGUUAAGUGUUAUUGUUCUCUGUACAGGCAGAAGAUGCACAGAGCUCCACUCUGUGAGCUCUUACAGCAAAAUAGGAUCCAAGUAUCAUCAUAUCAUAUUUAGAGGUCUAGUUUAUGAGGGCACGUUGCUGGCUUUAUGUGUUCUCAUAAACAAAGACUCCAUUUAGUCUCUUUCUCUCUCUAUGGCAGUAAUUUUUUAAUGUUGCAUUUGUGGCCUAUUGUCUUUGUGUAAUGAAAAAAUAGUUCUCGUUACAAAUCAAACAAAGAAGAAAGAUGAUAAACUAUAAAAAAAAAAAAAGACACGGGUAUGAGCAUUCUGACUUUGUAUAAAUGUGUAUGUAUAUAAACAUGUAUUAUCUGUGUUUUCACUCUCUGUGGUUUUAUUCAUACUCAUACUAUACUUUUAAAAAGCUGAAUCAGAUGACCCAACACUUGGCUGUGUAUGAAAAUAAGAUGACUCAACACUUGAAUGUAUAUGGGGUUUUCUGUGACUUUUCCAAAUUAGUUGUUAUCAGCAACUGGAACAGAACUAUGUAAGAGUUUAUAAAGUAUACUGUCUGGCUACUGAAAAGUCUAUCAAAAGUCUUGACUCACAGGGCUCCUGAGUGGUAUAUUAGAAAAUCGUUUGCUCCGUCAUGUGUAUCAUCCUGGGUUUGCUGGUUUGAGCCCCGUUGAUGCCACAGCCAUCUGUGGCUGGGAGUUCAAGGGAGAAAAACUGAUGCUGCUCUCUGGGUUGGAGAGAUGGCAAUAUUCUGUCCCCCAUCAUUCACACUGACAUUAGCCAAACACGGACAACUGAAUGCUAAUGCUUGCUGACCAGGACUGUUAACACUUUCCUCCGAGUGUGUUCAGUUGCCCUGAGCCGCAGCAUGCACAGCAGCUUGGAAAGAUCUGGUGGCUGGCUUCGUGUGUCUCCCAGGAAGAACAUGUUCACCACAUCCUCCAUGGUUGGUAGAUGGUAUGAUGGGGAGAGCUAGCCAGUCCAUUGGCGGGUGGGAAUUGGCAUAACUGCUAAACUUAAUUUGUGGUAAUGACUUAACUGUACUACUGUAGUUCUAACGUACACUGUGAAACCUGGGAAUUUAAUGUACAUUGUCUUUAUCAGCAAUAUACAGCUAUUGCAAAAAUAUAAUCUUCAACUUACAA